AUGAGUUUUUGUUCGGUGAUAGCGGAGGUUUUUAUAAGCGCUGGGGCUAAUUUUAUGCAGUACAUUCAGCCCGUCGCAUCGCACUCGUCCUUGCGGAAUAAAUAUGUUUGCGGUAAUCUUCUUAUGUCUCCUAAGUUUGUCGUACGCGAUUCCUGCUACGUUAGAGGGAACUGUGGUCGAUUUUACGGACCCCAAGAUCAAAGGCCAUUUGGCAGCCUUAGCGCAUAUGGGCGCGUCGUGCAUGAUCAAGGCCCAGCCGCCUCGGGCAGACGUGGAGGCCUACCUCACCAACACUCCCGCACAGACCUACAGAGGCCAGUGCUUCGCCACCUGCAUGCUGGAGUCCAGUGACGUUAUUGAUAGAGGACAGGUAAACCGAGAAAUUCUCAUCAAACUGGCUAGCGUCAUCAACGGGCGAAACUCUUAUGUGGUUCGAAAGCUGAAGGAGGUGUCCCGAAGGUGUAGCAUGAUAGUUACAUCGGAUGACUUCAAAGAUCGUUGCGUGUUCGGUGCGAUGUACAACAACUGCCUGAAUAAGAACAUGAAGGAGUUCCGUUUCCCCGAAGAAAUAGCCGCAGAGGUACUCAAAGUGUUGCCGUUCCAUCUCGUGACCACUAAAAGGACGCCUUACAAAUAAAAGAGGGACGCUCUGCUGAAAACCAAAACGGAAACUGUUAAAUGCCGUUUAUAUUUUUAUACGAUACUUCAUUAAAAUUAUGUAUUUGUUA